GGGCGCUGCUCCGGGGAGAUGCGGGGUGCCGGGGCCCGCAGCUCGGGGGGCGUGGGCCGCCCCGGCCUCCGCGCGAAGCCCAGGGCGGAUCGAGGCCCGGCCCCGGGCGCCCCCGCAGCCUCUGGCCGCCCCGCAAGGGGAAGGCCGCGCUCCAGGGGCGGCCGCGCGACCCCGGGGCCCGGGCCCAGAGCUCUGCCGUCCAGCGACGCUGUCCUGGGCCAGGCGGGAAGCAACCGGCAGGAGCCCACGGGCACGAGAGGCGGAGCCACGGGCCAGAGCACGCUGAGAUUUGGGGAUGUGGCUGUAGGUUUCUCCCAAGAGGAAUGGGCCUGGUUGACUCCGGCUCAGAAGACCCUGCACCGCAUGGUGAUGCUGGAGAACUACAGGAACCUGGCAUCACUGGGCCUCUGUGUUUCUAAGCCUGCCAUGAUCUCCUCUUUGGAAGAAGGGAAGGGACCGUGGACAGUGAAGAUGACAGGAGGCUGGAGCCCAGACUUGGAGACUGUGCAGGAAGCUACGGAGCUUCCUCCCAAGAGGGACAUGUGUGGAGAAGAGCUACUGCAGGCAGUGAAAAGCAAGAGACUGGCCGACCGUCGUCUGGGAUACUCGCCGUUAGGGGCGAGCUGGGCCCGUGGUGCUCUGUGCGAGACACAGCCGGGCUUGGUGAACGUCACGAAUGUGGCCUUGGACGUCUCCCAGCAGCUGAACCCUGAGCCCAGAGGGCUCUGCGAGAGCACGGCGCGGGAGGACUGUCACCGGGGGUCCCUGGGUAAGGCUGCCCCUCCUGAGCCCCAGUGGAUCCUGGGACCCCCAGGCACGCUUUGA